AUGUCUUCCGGAAACAAGCAGACCUCCAAGUCCUCCAACGGUAUGGGUAGCAGUCUCAGCGCAGGAAAUCUGAGCCAGGUCCCAGAUGGAAGCAGCGGCAGCAUGGAACGCUUUGCGCAGUCAUCCCCGGCCGAUGGGCCUUACUAUGCUCGGGCACGGAUGGGAGAUCGCUCAGAGCACGUGUCACGUCUCUCGAGCCAACUCGACGCGGCAGAUCAGAUCCUGAAAAAAUAAACCGAAGCCGAAAGGUAUCA